UAUUGUUCAGUCAUGUGGUCAGUCAUGUGGCGCAUGCUCAAUAAUAUCUAGUGGUUACAAUACCCGGAAAAUAACGAGUUCGAGGCAGAAAAUUACUUCUCUCUUUGAUCUUAAUUAUUCCGUAUUAACGGAAGUCUGCCAUAAUGCGACGUUUCGGUUCUGUGCAGCAAAAGAUAUCUUGUGUGUUUUUGACUGAGGUGAAAGAGGAACAAUCCAGAAAACGCGAAUGUCAACAAUUUCAGGUUGUAGCCACUGAAAAUGUGAACCCUACAGCACUGGAAUCGAAUAUUGACUGUGCACUUGCCACAGAAAAGCUGGAUGGCACCUGCUGCUAUGUUUCAAUUUAUAAAGGGCAAUCAUACCUCUGGGCUCGACUAGAUCGGAAGCCCACCAAGCAGGCAGACAAGAGGUUCAAGAAGCAUCAGUAUUCCCACAAAAGUUACAAAGGUUUUACGUGGAAUGUGAAAGAAGACUUUAAGACGGUUCCAGACUCUUGGGUCCCGGCACACAGAGUUCAGCACCACAAUGGACAGCCUGUACCAGAUGACCACGGACACAUCCCAGGUUGGGUUCCAGUGGAGAAAGACAACAAGCAGUACUGUUGGCACUCGUCUGUUGUGGACUAUGAUGCUGGUGUAGCGCUGGUUCUGAGGCCAAGUGCUGAGAAGGAAGACCUGCUAGAGAUCACCAUGGUACCACUGGCUGAUCUCCUGGAGCAAACCCUGGAGCUUAUUGGAACCAACGUCAAUGGGAACCCAUAUGGGUUGGGAAGUAAAAAGCAGCCUGUCCACGUCCUGGUUGCCCAUGGGAGUGUACACAUCAGGAACCCUCCCCCGGUGGACUACCAGCAGUUGUGUUCCUGGUUCCAGGACAGCCAGGAGGGCCGUGUUGAGGGCAUCGUCUGGCACUGUAAUGACGGGACACUGGUCAAGCUCCAUCGUCAUCACCUGGGGCUGAGAUGGCCGGAUGGCGACACCAUCCUGAAUGCUCGGCCUGUGGUCGUCCACGUCGACGGGACCAAACGAGAGUAUGACAUCACCAGCAAGGACUUGUUUACAUCUCUAUCCCAGUUAAACGGACAUCGCUUCAGCAGACUGCAGGACAUCCAGUUUGACCCUUAACCUUUAUUUAACCAGGAAGUCCUAUUUAGGUCAGAAGACCUUUAUCCCUAAAUCCACCAGGAUCUGCCCGGAGUCUUAAGAAACAUUCCUGUUUGUAAUUAUCCAUGGGUCGGUCAGGCUCACUUGGGGUAAUAAUGUCUCAUAGUGAUUAUGUGAAGGUCUAUGUCCUUAGUUUGGAAAUGUGUGAUAGCAGUGCAGCAAUGGCAGCUUUCUGUGUUAUCACUUUCAUUCAUCCCUUCAUCCCAUUCAUUUUUCCCAUAGGGAUUUUACCCUAUGACAGACAAUGUCAGUAUACAACAAGUUAUUGCUCACGUAUACCCUGUAAUCAUAUAGCACUAGAAAGCUUAGAUUCACAGCUAUCCAUCAGAUACAUUCUUGCAAUGUUCAGGUCAACAGAACUUUGACCUCUAUGGUACAUAUUAUGAAUUACAUGUAAUGGGGCAGCUACGCUUUUGGAUUGUAACUUCGGUGAUAGGAACACCACAUUUCACACGCUCAGCUAGAACAGGGUUGAAAAAAUAUUUGUAGAUACAGGGCCACUACAGCAUUAACCCCACUGAAGCCUUUUUCCAAUAUGGCCGCCAAACAACUCAAUUGGGUGUUAUCGGAUACAUUUCGCAUUACCAUACCUGUAUGGAAUAUAAUUGUAUUAGAAUACAUCUUGAUUUAGACUAUGUGUAAUGGUUUGCUGCUCUCAUCAUCCAGAUAUUAGGUUAAAACGUAUUGGCAUUCCUAUGGAAUUUUACAUUGUAAUGUAUGCAGUCCUCUGUUAAUGAAAACAGUUAAUAUAAUUUUCAUCAGCUCACAUCCAUGUUUGAAGAUUAAAUAUAGCAAUUACUGAUCAUAACAGCUUCUUUGGCAUAUUCUAACCACAAUUAUGUCAAGUCAUUUAACAUUGUUAUAUGUUAUAGCACACCUGGCUAAUUUGGUUGUGUAUUCUACAUCACUAAGAACAUUUCAAGAUAUUAUUGGGAAUAAUAUAAUUUUUUCAUACAGGUAUGGUAAUGCAACAUUUAUCCAAUAAGACCCUUUUUAGUUGUUUGGCGGCCAUGUUGGGGGAAAAAAUUAUGUGGGGUUCAUGCGUGAAUCCUGUGAUGGUCCUGAACACUAAGAAUGUCUCUGAUGGAACGCAGAGAAAGCUACCAUUGCUGUACUACUAUCACACAUUUUCUAACUCGAGGGACAGACCUUAAAAAGAAAUCACUGAGAUGUCGUCACCACAAGAGAGCCGGACGGCCCAGAUUUAGGGGCCUUGCUCCAGGACUGUAAGCUUCCAUACUGUAUUACCAUUAGUAUGGUUGAACCAGACUAAAUAGUGGGGUCACCAGUGAAACAAUGGUGAGUGCAGUGUUCAAUCUGGUUUAACCUGGCUAUAUGUCUUCCAACAUGAACGAACCUGCCCAAUAAAAAGCCUGUAAAUAUAUUGAA